AUGGCCCAGGGAAGCCACCAGAUUGACACUCAGGUUUUGCAUGACCUGCGCCAGAAGUUCCCUGAAGUCCCAGAGGGUGUUGUCUCCCAGUGUGUUCUGCAGAACAACAACAACUUAGACGCCUGCUGUGAAUACCUGUCCCAGGUCAGUCCGGGCUACCUGUACAGCGAAGAAGGAAGCUUUUCCGACGACCCCAGCUUCACCAGGCUCCGUAAUCACAUGACCCAGUUGAACCUGGGCCUGCAGUCUCAGAAUGUGCAUGCGGCCCCGGUUCGGGACGGCCUGAGAAUGAACGGCAGCCGGACUCUGGCCCACAGCCUGAGUGACGGGCCCCUCCAGACGAGCCAGGCCCCCAAUAGUGACUUCUUUCAGCAGGAGCCUCAGUCAGCCCCAGUGCAGGUGCCGUCCAGCCUCAAUGUAUUCGGUGUGAUGGAACCCACGCGCAAACCGCAGCCUCCACAGCACCUUGGACUUUACCCUCUGGGUGUCAAAGGGACGACUAUGGGCGCCCAGCAGACGCCGCGCUUCAACCCCAUUACAGUGACGCUGGGCCCCAAUAUCCAGACGGGCCGCAACACCCCCACUUCUUUGCACAUACACGGCGGGCCACAGUCGGGCCUAAGCAGUCCACAGGGUAACUCUAUCUACAUCAGGCCCUACGUUAGCCAGCCCGGUACGACCCGGCAGAACCAGCAGCAGGGAAGCAGGGCCCAGUACAGCCCCACCUCCCAGCCCCAGCAGCAGAUCUACCAGAUCUCCCACCCCUCCUCCCUGUCCGGCUCCUGGUCCGGCCCUCAGCACGCCUCCUCUUCACAUACCUCACAGCACCAGACCCAGGGCCACCAGACCUCUCAUGUCUACAUGCCAAUCAGCUCCCCGACAAACCCCCAGGCGCCCUCCAUCCUUCCCUCUGGGAGCCAGGCCUCUUCCUCCGGCGUCUCCUCGUGCUCUUCUUCCUCCUCCUCCUCUUCUGUCAUGCCCACCUCCUCUACCAUCAGCCAGUACAACAUCCAGAACAUCUCCACUGGCCCACGGAAGAAUCAGAUAGAGAUCAAACUUGAAUCUCCUCAGAGGAGCAACUCCACAACCACAACAGCUGUGCUGCGGACAAGUAGUGGCCCCCGUACGUCCUCGACCUCCUCCUCCUGUCCUUCCUCUUCCUCCUCCUCAACCGGGGUGGCUACUGUCCCCACCACCCCUCUGUCCAUUGGAUGCCCUGGUCUGAGCCGCAGCCAGCCCACUGUUUACAUCUCUGCCAGCCCGCCUACUGCUGCUACCACCCCCUCUGAGGAGGCCAUCGUGGCCUCAGCCGGCUCCCGCGCCCAACCCAAGUUUUACAUUUCUGCCAAUGCCUCCAGCGACGAUGGUGGGAGUAGGAACCCUCCCACAGUCUACAUCUCAGCCAACCCUCCUUUGCAGGGCCCUUCAGGGCCCAGGAACAUGGGAGGCCAAGUGAGCAUGGGCCCUGCCUACAUCCACCACCAUCCACCUAAGUCUCGUACCUCCGUGGGAGGGGGAGGCACAGCUUCUUCCCCUCGCGUGGUGGUGACUCAGCCCAACACCAAAUACACUUUUAAAAUCACCGUGUCCCCCAAUAAGCCCCCAGCUGUGUCCCCCGGAGUAGUCUCGCCUACUUUUGAGCCCAACAAACUCCUAAGCCUACCCUCAGACCACCACUUUGUGGAGCCAGACCCCCUCCAUCUCUCAGACCCGCUGUCGCCACACAGGGAGAGGCCGAGCGAGCCUCGCAGACUCAGCAUGAGCUCUGACGAUGCAGCGUACACACAAGCGUUGUUGGUCCAUCAGAAGGCCCGCAUGGAGAGGCUGUGGCACGAGUUGGAGCUGAAGAAGAAGAAGCUGGAGAAGCUAAAAGAGGAGGUUAACGAGAUGGAGAACGACCUGACCAGGAGACGGCUGGAGAGAUCCAACUCUGCCUCCCAAAUUCCUUCUAUCGAGGAAAUGAAGCAGUUGAGAUGUAAAAACAGGUUACUGCAGAUCGACAUCGACUGCCUCACCAAAGAAAUCGAUCUCCUCCAAACAGGACCACACUUUAAUCCCAGUGCAAUCCAUAAUUUUUACGACAACAUUGGAUUCCUUGGUCCUGUCCCACCCAAACCCAAAGGUACUUUAUCUAUUGGUAAUAAGAUUGUGAAGCCCAUUGCAGACCAGGAGGAGGACGAGGGGACGCAGUGGAGCUGCACAGCCUGCACCUUCCUCAACCAUCCCGCCCUCAACCGCUGUGAACAGUGCGAGUUCCCGCGGCACUUCUGA